AUGUCGACUUAUCCAGUUCUUCCCACUUAUGAAGGUUUGUUUUUAGAGCGAUACUUUUAUGAAAAAAUUUUAAUUUGUUUAAUUCAAGAAGCCACACAACCCGCUCACAAUCCUAAUUACAACAACCAAGAUGGAUUUCCAAGACAUUUUCACAAUGUGCCAAAUGGUAAGUUUUUUCAUACAAAAAAUUAUAGCGGAUAAAAAAUAUCAAAUAACAUUUUAGGCAUUCCGACUACAGUUACCAGCACUCACAGUACAAUUGUUGUGUCUCCAGUUGGUUUUGGACCUUUUCCAGCUUCAACUCAAUGCCCCUAUUGUAGCGAGCAUGUUAGUUUUUUAGUUUUCUUAAAUUUUUUUAACAUUUUUUGAAUUGUAGAUCCUUACCGAGACAAUCGAAAAGAAUGGGAUGUUUGCAUGGUUGUUGUUCAUCGCGUUGCUUUUCUUUGGGUGAGUUGGAUUAAAUCCUUAUAAUUUUAAAUUAAGACUAAUGUUCAUUUAAUUACACCUUUUCAGUUUUUGGUUGUGCUGCUGCAUUCCAUUUUGUGUGCGUUCGUGCAAGGUCAGUUGAAAAAGAGUAAUGUGAAGCGUGUGCGCUGCGGUUAUGAUAAUAAGUGCCUGAUUCACAAAAAUAUUUUUAAUGGUGAUUACUCAUCGAUGUGGACUUAGAAUGAAACUGAUCAGAAAGUAUGAGUUUAAUGUCAAGAUCAGGAUUAGUAAAGUUAUAAACGAAUUCAAUCACAAUCAUUUUGUCCACAUGAAGAUUUGAACUUGAGAUUUUAUAGUUCAUUGCGUUCAAGCCACAGAAGUAUUACGUAGGAGUUAUGCCGAAAUGAUAAUUUCAUAUUGUUACAUGAUUCACAAAAACAAUGAAAAAAACAUAUGAUCUUAUUUAUCGAUUUGUAACCUAAAUAUUGAUUUUGGAGCUCACAAAUUUCAGGGUAUUUUUUCAAGGGAAAAGAUUAUGAAGACUGAAUCUUUCUGCGAAGAAUCUUUUCAACAAAACAUAGAAUACAUAUUGUAAAAUUUGAAUUUUGUUCCGAAUUUGAAUUUCAAAAAUUCAAUUGCCAUAUUUAUUUAUUUUUUGUUCAUUUUUAGGACGUCGAGCAUCAUUGCCCAGAGUGUAAGAAGCUUCUCGGAACUUACCGCCGUGUUUAA